AUGUCUAAACCUGGGGGGUACAGCAGCCAGUCCUACUCUCCAGCCGGCAGGGCCGCCGCGCCCCGGAGCGCCGCGCCCACCACCGCCAAGCUGGACCCGAACGACCAGUGUGCCAAGACCAAAGAGAAGGACCAGAUGGUUGGACUCAACGAUAGAUUCGUUGCUUUCAUCGAGAAGGUGAAACACCUGGAGGAUCAGAACAAGGUCCUGGACACCAGGCUGAAGAUCCUCCAGGACCAGGAGAACUACAAGGGGAAGAUCGACGAGGUGGUCCAGCAGCUGGAGAUGGAACUGCAAAGGCAGGUGGACAAUCUGGAGCGUGACCGCGCCAAGCUGCAGGCCGACCUCCUCAAGAGCCAGGAGGAUGUGGAACAGACCAAACUGAAGUACGAAGAUGAGUUUCUGAAGAAAAGCGAUCUAGAGAAUGAGUUUAUCGUCACCAAAAAGGAUGUUGAUGAAGGCCACUUGGCAACAGUAGACCUGGCUCUGGAGUUGGAGGACCUGAUGGGAGAGCUGGAGUUCCUCAGGCGGGGCUAUGAAGAGGAGAUCAAGGAGCUGGAGUCGCAGGUCCAGAAUGAGACGGUGAUUAUGCGCGACACCAGCAAGCGGGCGCUGGACAUGGAUGAGAUCAUUGAAAGUGUCAAGGUCCAGUACAACAACAUGGCCACCCGCACCAGGGAGGAAGCCAAUCAGUGGAACCAGAAAAAGAUGGAUGACUUGAUGUUGUCAGCAGGAAAGCAUGAGCAGGAUGUGCGUGACAUGAAGAAAGAGAUUGCAGACUUGCUGCGUCUCAUCCAGAGACUCAAUGGGGAGUUGGAAUCCCUCAAGAAAAAGAAAGAGUCGGCGGAAAAAGACAUCAAGGACAUGGAGAUCGACGCCCAGGAGAACAUGGAGCAGGCCCGGGAGAACAUCGGCCAACUCGAGGAGGCCCUGAGGCGUGCCAAGCAGGACAUGACCCGGCAGGUCCGCGAGUACCAGGUGCUCAUGAACCUCAAGCUGGCCCUGGACAUCGAGAUCGCCACCUACCGCAAGCUGCUGGAGGGGGAGGAGAAGAGAAUGAAUGACCACAUGCGGUCAUCGGACGUUGACUCUCCAUCGAAGCAACAGCCGCCAGUGAAGCCCUUCCUCAGAGAACCCAUCGUCAUGGCAACAAUCCCCAUCUCCAAGAAACGCCUGCUGAUCCGAGUGGAAGUGGAGGCGGGCAAGGUUGUGUCCCAGAGCUCACAGUACGCUGAUGAUUGACAGCUGUCCCUCAGCAAGACGCCGCUCUGCAGAACCUGAACGCAAUAUCAAAAUUCACCUUCACGUGUCAACCUGCAUUUGCACUCUUAGCCGUUCGAAAAACAACUGAAAUAAAUGAAAGUGAAUGUAACAUAAUUAAUUGCGUGAGGACUCUUCGUGUGGGCCUCUUGACUUUGCCAAAUUCGUGUGUUUAACUCCUGUUUACUGUCUUGGGACCUUUUCUUUUUCUUUUUUUUAAACCUUGGGAGUUGGAGACAUUUGCAAAUGUCAACGUAUUUUUGAACAAUUCUUAUCUGUGCCUACUUUGCUAAGUUUUCUUGUGGUGUGUCUACCAACUCUGGCCUCAUUGUGUUAUUUUCACCUGCAGAACGGAUUCUGUCUU